GUAUUUUAUCAAAUCAAGAUGUUUUAAUUUUUUAUAUUUUUCAAAUUAUCUCUAUAAAUAGAAUAUGGUUGUAUUCAUAUUUUACUACAAUAUACUAUUGGUUGAUCAAGGAUGAAAAUCAAGCAUUUUUUCUUCAUGUUCUUUCUUUGUUUACUACUUUUUAUCUCUACCAGGGCAAUUCAGACAUCCAAAGAUGGGAAUCAAAUUGGUGUAGCAAAAGUAUCCAAAACAAAAGUAGGAAUUGAUGGUUGGCGAGAUUGGGGAGGCUCAUUUUGGGAAGAUGGACAAGAGAAUAAUGGUGGAAGUGACAAAGAAGGUGGAGAAGUUGGUGUAACAAAAGAAUCCAAAACAAAAAUAGGAAUUGAUAGUUGGCGAGAUUGGGGAGGAUCAUUUUGGGGAUAUGGAGAAGAGAAUAAUGGUGGAGGUGAGGAAGAAGGAGGACAAGAUGGUGUAACAAGAGAAUCCAAAACAAAAAUAGGAACCGAUGGUUGGCGGGAUUGGGGAGGAUCAUUUUGGGAAGAUGGACAAGAGAAUAAUGGUGGAGGUAAAAAAAAUAGUGGACAAGGUAAAGGUGCAAAAGAAAUAGGUGAAGUCCAUGAAAGUGUAACAGAAGGUUGGAGAGACUGGGGAGGCUCAUUUUGGGACGAUGAGAAAGAGAAUAUUGGUGGAAUAAACAAAGAAGGUGCACAUGAAAAAGGUGCAAAAGGAAAAGAUGAAGACAACAUAAGUGGAAGAGACAACAUAGAUGGAUACAAUGGUGGAGGUAUGAAUUAGAAAUGUAUGAGAGGUUUGGGGAAAAAGAGAGGUUAGGAAGGUUGCUUUAAUAACGAAAUGGAGGGGAUUGGGGACAUCCAUGGAUAUAAGACUCACACACAUGUGUAUUGUAUCCCAUACAAUAUGUAUAAUAAAAUCACAACUAUAUCAUACUUCAUGCCUAGUUUAUAAUAAAAAGAACAUCCAUCCAUAAAUCAAUUGUUCUUAGAUUAUACUACUUAUAUUAUCAGAGUUAUAUGGAAAAGAAAUACCACAAUUUCAUGUUGUAUAUUUUGUUCAA